AUGAAGUUCAUCCUUGCCACCCUCGCUCUCGCUGCCACCGCCUUCGCUGCCACCACUGGCGGUAAGAAGGGCGUCACCUGCGAGUCUGACCAGCAGGUUGUCUGUAAGGACAACGGCAACGGCGGUCUCUUGACCCUCGGCAACAUUGCCAACGGUGCCCUCGGUGUCGACUGCUCCGGUGGUGAUGCUUACUGCUGCUCCAGCUCUGAUGUCGCGUCCGGCCUCGUUGGCCUCAACGUUGACGCCCAGUGCUCCCUCAACCACGUCCUGUAA